UGAAAGCACAGGAGCAGAAGCUUCAUCGACCGGCAAUGGCGAAUCUAGUGGAGAAGGCGAAGAGCUUCGUGGCCGACAUCAAGAAGCCGGAGGCCACCGUCAUGGACGUCGAUCUCAAGGACGUCGGCAGCGACGCCGUCACAUACAACGCCGAGGUCUCCAUCGCCAACCCUUACAGCCACCCUAUCCCCAUCUGCCAGAUCUCCUACUCUCUCAGAAGCUCCGGCAGGGAAAUCGCGUCGGGGACGGUGCCAGAUCCGGGGUCGCUGACGGGGAACGAGACGACGAAGGUGAACGUGCCGGUGAAGGUGCCGCACAGCGUACUGGUGAGCCUGGUGAAAGAUAUCGGAGCGGAUUGGGACAUCGAUUACGAACUGCGAUUGGGCCUCACCGUCGAUCUUCCUGUAGUCGGAGACUUCACUAUUCCGCUCUCCACCGCCGGCGAGAUCAAGCUGCCCUCUCUUUCCGGCCUCUGGAAUAAGCAGUGAUUUUGAUCGAUUCUCCCCUUCCAUAGAGACCGUUUGGCUUACCCCUUUUUAAGAUGCCUUCAAACCCUUUUACUUAAAAAUUGUGUAAAAUUUUAAAUUUCA